CAAAUCCCCGUUUCAAUGACUAACAUUUUACAUAAGGUGCCACGUGAAUGCCCAAAGAAGCCUAGCCGUAACUACUUCACUGGAUUCUUCCCAUUUUUUCCCGCGCCUGCAAUCAAUUCAAACACGACAAACAUCUCAAACCGUCUAUCACCAAACGUUGUAUUAUCGAUCUAUAUAUCGCGGGAAAGCUGCUCACGGCUUCAUUGAUCAGAGCUUUCCUUUAUUUAAAAAAAAUAAAAAAUUAUUAUUUUACGCGUUUGGCCCAUCUCGCCACUGUUCGAAUUUGCUUUGACGCCUCCCCGCUCGACACGGAAAAAGAUCGUGGGAGUUGCAGUUUUUGAUAUUCCAAUUGAAUAACUCAAACUAAACGGAUUCGGUUUGGAGGUAUAUACAUACAUAAACUGGGGGUACGUAGGAGAGGGAAGAAUAGAUAACUGAAUUACACUUUUUGCGCCUGCAAUGCGCUUUGGGAAGAUUUUGAGCUCUUGUGAGGCUUGUUGAACGGGGCCACGGACGUUGCGAAUUUGGGUUGUGCGGUUAACAAUAUAACCAGAAUAAAGUAACCUCAUCUGCUGCUGUCUAUAGCUCUAGCUAUCUUAUCCCAUCUUCCCCGCUUUACGCGCUGCAAAAAUAAUUGUAUACUCGAAAGGCUUCCAGAUAUGACUUCAACCUCUCAGCAUCAGCAUCAGCAACAGCAACAGCAACAGCAACAACCACAACAAUCCCAACCCUCGAACCCCGACUUCCCACCCCCCCAUCACCACCUCUCUAACAGCGCACAGCAGCAACAGCAACAACACAGCCUAGCCGUCGCCGCCAGUGCCGCUGCCGGCUAUGCUGCCGAUAAUCACCUGGCAGGCCUUGUAGAGGCCGCCACUGCCGCCGCGGGACAAGAUGUCAGCUGGGCGCAGAAUGAGGACGGAGAUGCGAGCAUGAUGGGCCAUGGGCGCGCGCUGCAGAACCAUCUCGACGGGUAUCCGGGCUCCAAUGCUGUGGCUGGUGGCGCGGGUGGGGCGUUACAUUUGGAUGAUGGGUUCGUGGGCGACCCGACGGGGAAUGGGCAGGUGCAUUUUAGCGGGAUGUCUGCUGGGACGGGGGCGGGGGCAGGGCAUGGAACGGGACAUGGGAAUGGGUCUGUGGUUGGUGUGUCGACAACUACUGCCGCAGCUGCUACUGCUGCGGCGGCGACGAGACAGAUGCGCCAUGCGAAUGUUGGUAGGGUCGAGACGGCCCUGCCUAGGAAACGGAAGCGGGCGGGAACUACUGCUGCCAAUGUCGAUCCGGCUAUGACUGGUGGCGUGGCGGCGGAGGGGGAGUAUGAUGAUGGCUCUGCUGCUGUUGCGAACAGUGGUGCUGCUGGUGCUACUGGUGCCGGUGCAGGAACCGAGGACGACCACCACAUGAUCACGGACGGAAAUCGGAACGGAGGCGGCCACGGCCACAGCCACGGUCUCGAUAUCCGCGAGCUACCACCGCAACAAGCGUUAUCUGACGCGCGCGCAGCGGGGGUCCAUUCCGCCGCCGCCCUCUUCCGCCAACCCUCCGCCACCAGCAAGAAAUACACGCGCCCGCCCAUGUCGAAGAUGUUCUCCUCGCUGGGCCUGUCGCCGGAGAACUUCUUGCACCUGCAGGCCGCGGCGAAGGCAUAUAUGCUUGACCCGGCACAUCCGGAGAGACGCGAUUGUGUGGGUCAGAGGGGGAAGGGGGAUACGGAGAUGGUUAAGCUACGGCUGUGGAAUUGUGUGAGGGAGUUUUUGGAUAGGGAGGGGAAUGGGGAGCGGUUUUUUGGGGAAGGGGUUGGGGUUGGGAUGGGGGGUCAUGGUUCUGGUACUGCUGGUGGUGGUGGUGGAGCUGGGAUGAUGGGGGUCGGAAUGGGGAUGGGGUUGGGUGUUGGCGUGGAGUCAAGGCCGCCGUUGGUUUGGCCGAGGGAUGAGCAGAGGAUUAUUUCGCUCGUUAUGCCGUUGCUUCGGCGGAUGGUUACGAAUGAGCGGCAGAGGCAGUAUGCGAUUGAGACGAGGAAGGGUGGGGCGGGUGCGGAGGAAAAGAAGAAGAGGAGGCAGAUGGGGGAGGGCAUUUCGACUCUCACGCCGGAACGUGGGUUCGCGUCACAGCAGCAGCAGCAGCAUCAACAGCAGCAACAGCAGCAACACCAUGGCGGUUCGGAGAUGGAGCUGGGGUUACUGGACCUGUUAACUGAAGGGUAUCCAACUGAUUGGGAGUCGAUCGCGCGGUCCUAUGAUAAUUACAAUAUAGAUUACCGGUUGGAUAACCUGGGUUCCAUAUCCGGUCUGCAACAGGCGGAUUGGUGGGGUCUUGUUGCUGCGAUUGACAGCCAUUAUCAGAUUUACCACUCGGGAAAUGCCUCAGAUUGUAGUAGAGAUUGUGAGGAAUGUACUAUCAAUCAUAUUGUUUCGUCGGAUAGUGUGUCGCAGGCUGGAUGGAGGGUGGGGAUGGGAAGUGCGGGUGGCCCGUUACAGACGGAAGAUUUGGCGGCGAGGAAUUACUUUGCGACGGGAAUAACUCGCGACGUGACCCAUCUCAUCCGUGAUACGAUCCUCAACCAGCAACAGCAACAACAACAGCAACAACAGCAACAACCCUCACCACCCUCAACAUCACCCGCGACCUCAACAACGACCACCACAACGGCCCCGCAAAUCCCAGCCCACCAAAUAACCAUCCACAUCAACACCACUAACCCCAGCACCAAGGGCACCAAACGCCUCAUCCCCCGCCUCGACAUUUCCGCCGACCAGUGCCCUGAUCUAGCCAGCCUGCUCCAAAAGGCACGCGAGCACCACAUCCAGUUCCAGCAACAGCAUCAGAACGGCCACCAGUCCCUGCACGCGCAGCAGGCUGCUGCGGCCCUUGUUGAGGAGCCGACUUUACCCGUCAAAGUAUGGUUGGAGGAAGGGCUGGUGGAUGUGCAGACGGAUGCGGAGUGGAUGGUUGCGCUGGGCAAGGUUAGUACGGUGGAUUGGAUGGAUGGGGAGUUGAGGGUUCUUAUUGUUCAGGGUGGUGGUGGUGGUGGUGAUGAUGCCGCGGGGAAAAUGGGAAAAGGAGCAGGUGAGGUGUUUAAGGUGACGGAUUAGUUUUGUAUUUUUCCGUUCCCCUAUUUUGCGUCAGUUAUUUACUGGCUAAUCGUAUAUGGGAUGUGGUGGAUUCCACAAUUUCUUUUAAUUCAAAUUCCCUGUCUAUAAUUUCGUAUGUGUAUGUGUGAGUGUGUGUGUGUGUGAGUGUGUUCAUGUUUCAUGUUUCAUGUUUCAUUACUAUUUAUUUAUUUGAUAUCUAAAUGAACAAAAACAGGGCCUUUGCUUUUCUUUUUCUUGCCAGCGGGGUCUCAGUGGGGGUUCUUCAUUUCACCAGUCCAUAUACAUCUUUUACCUGAAGUUCAUGCCAAUGUGUUGUCAAUUAUUAUUUUACUCCCUGCCAUUACUGGUUUUCUUAUUAUAUAUUUCUUUAUGUUCAACUGGCAACCUGUUUUUAUUUAAAAGGAAACGAGGAGAGGUGUGGCGGAUAGAAUGAGGGGAAUGCAGACAGACAUGGGGGAUCAUAGUAGGAAUCUCAUCGAGCCUUGAUUCUUCCACCGAUAUACAUACAUAGACAGACAUAUUUUUGUGUAGGGAGCUCUUUGAGUUCUUUCUCCGAAUAUACAAG